CUUUCGCUUACCCCACUUGCCCUUGCAAGCUCCUCAUCAAGAAAAUCGAUCAGCUCGAGGAUCAGAAUACACUUGCUCCGAGCUCUCUGCGAAGGCCAACCUCCCUUUCCUCUUACUUUCAUCGCAUCCCAGUCCAAUCCUACCUACCUUUCAUCCUUCCACCCAUCCCGCCCGCUCAGUCCACUUCAAAGAUGUCCGGCGGUCGCUCAUCAAACAUGCUGCCAAAGAACGACUCGCCUGCACACAAGUCCGUAGCAGAAUUCGUGCGGGCAGGUGGCGCUAGGGAUCGAUUUACAUUUGAUGGGAAUAGGGGAGAGCAACAGGCGAAGCUUUGUAGGAUCUUGCCGGAUGGGAGACAGCAGUGCAUGGAUGUUGCAUUGGAGUCCAAGGACCUCUUCGCAGCCAUGCAGUCGCUCAACUUCUUCUGCCAACUACCGCAAGACCCGGCAAAGACUCAUAUCAACUGCGAGCCUAUCCCGCAAUGAGUACUCUUUGUAGAGAGAUCCGGGGGGUAACAAGCUCAGCAUGUUAGGACUUGAUGAGAGGACAAGGGCUAUUCGUACUGAGACGGAACCGAGACACAAGGAGCC